GUGGCGAGCAUAUUCGGUAUCUACAAGCAAGCAAUUUUGAUUGACGGAAAUGGAGUUUUCUAUGACAUGAAGAAGCACCAAGAAUCCCAAAACGUUCUUUGCAAGUCAGAAGCAGAUACAAAAUGUAAGCAAGCAAAAUGUACGAGCGAAAUGAAUUUAGCAAAGGAAGGUUUUUGUUGCUCAACAAGAAGAGGAUAGACACAUCCGAAGAUAAACAAAUCAGUACAGAUAUUCCCGAGUAUGGAACACGCGUGCUAGCUAUUGAAAAAUCCGAGUUCUUUUUCCGUUUCUUUCUCGAUGCCCAAUCACGUGCCCCAAGCGAACAAAGGUCGUGUCUUUUCAGUAAAAAAGAGAGAUGCAAAUCUCUACAAAAGAAGGAACUUGCAUUUGGAGUAUGAGCUGGUGGGUGAGAGGGGGAGAGAGGAACUAAAAGUGAGUAUCAUGGAUGAUGUUGUGUAGGACCAGGUGGUGGUAGAUUCUGCAUCGGAAUGUCGAUGUGGCUAAAAAGGGCAACGCAAAAGGAACACCCUGACGGUGGCAAAUUGUAGGGGAGCUAGCAGUCUCCAUAUAUAAUUGUAUUUCCUAUUCAACCUGUAUUCUUCUUUAUUCCCAAUUAUUGUCAGAGACAGACGAGCAGCAAUCCGAAAGGCCAACCCUUUCGACUGGGCUUUCGGGUUCGGGAAAGAGAAAGAGGGUGAGUCUUCUUUUACGCAAUCUCACAGGAGGGCUCUCUGAUAUUUCUUUCCUAGAAUCGUUUUCCCAUUGUAGCUUCGAUUUUCCAGGGAAACUUCGAAGCAGAUCUGAUAAGGCUUUUGCGUGUCUUUCUUGUAUUGCAUGACAUGGGAACAAGAUGUGAUUUGUAACAGAGCAGUGGUUGUCUUGGAUGCUAUUCCAAUCCGCCGCUAACAAGAUCAGUGGAUGCGCCAUCAAAAGGAUUGCAGAUUCAAGAUCAGAAGGUGAAGAAACCUAUCAUAUUAGAGGAUUUCUGGACGACCAGCACCUGGGAUAUGGACAACAGCACAAUUCAGUCACAAGGAAGCAUCUCCUCAAUUAGUACAACCAACCAAGUUCUGGAUCUGCAUGGCGUUGCUGGCAGUGCUAACACCCCUUCUGAAUUUGUAAAUCAUGGUCUUCUUCUCUGGAAUCAGACUAGGCAGCGUUGGGUAGGAAAUAAAAGAUCUGAGAUCAGGGGCCAACAGGCUCGAGAACCCAAAUUAAGUUGGAAUGCAUCAUAUGAAAGUUUGCUUGGGAGCAACAAGCCCUUCUCACAUCCUAUACCGCUUGCUGAAAUGGUAGAUUUUCUUGUCGACAUCUGGGAGCAGGAGGGAUUAUAUGAUUGAGCAGCUGAAGUAUACAUUAAGUUUUUUAGAUAUAAAAAAUCCGCCAUUGCUGCAUUCAAGUUGCUUCCAUAGCAAGAGGGUGAUUUGAGCAAACUAGGGCUUGUCUACCAAUUGUAACAUCAACCAGCAUGUCAAUGCUGUGGCUUUUAUAAUCCAGGCUUUUUGACACGCUUGUAUUACCUUUAAUUCAGGAUAAGUUCAUGGGGGCAAGUUUUGCAGAAUCUCUUAAAGGUUGUCUA